UCUAUCAACACAAAUUGAAAUUUAUCAUUAAAUUUCUUCAUUAUAAUAUUUUUGAAUUUAUGAAAACGAAAUUUUUGCGAUAGAGUUUGAAAUUUGUUCUUCAAUUAUUCUUAAGUCCACUUUUGAUAAUAUGAAUUCUAACGCUGCUGCAAAUGUCCCAGGUGGGAUAGGCUAUAUAUUGGAUAUUAUAGUUGUGCGUUUGGAUAUAGCGGACAAAGAUGUCAAGACAAUGGUGGAUCAGGAUUUCUCAUCACUGGUGGUGGAGGCUAAAUUUAACAAGGAAGAGCUUUGCUUAACCUCCAGUCGCAUUAAUGUUGUCGAAUUUAAAGCGGGCAGAAGUUUGGAAUUUGUGGAAAAUCCCCAUGCAUUAAGAUCAGAUUUGGAUAAAAAUAAAUUAAUAUUAAAGAUAAAAUUUCAAGGCAGUGAUAUGGGUAUGUGUGCCCUGGACUGGCCGGAAGGUUUUUUGAAUCGCCUUAUAGAUCCUGCACGCAAGGGUGAGAUGACACAUGUGUUUGAGUCGGAAUUUAAGAAUUAUCAAACAGAUGUGAAAUAUGGUACCAUAGAGGUGCUGGUGCGUUUGCAAACCAAAUGCCCGGAAUGGAACGAUAAAGAUGAUGGAUUUGGUCCUCAAGAAGAUUUAGCCCAGUUGGCUAAUAGGGUUAUAGAUCCCAAUGAUAUCCUAUUUGUGGUGGGUGAGGACAAGCAUGCCUGCUGUUGCUCCCAAGUUGGCAUUAUACCUUCCUCUGAAACAGAUAAGGCUUUGCAUCCCACCUGUUUGGAUCUUUCCAAUUUUCGUGAUGUCAACGGCAGAACUGUACCAAAUACAGAUGUGUUGAAUGCCUUAGAUCCAGCGUGUGCUGAAUUGAAGAACGUUACCAAUCAAUAUCAGAAGUUAAUUGAUACACUGAUGUGUCCACAAAAACCAACACCAUGUUGUAAAAAUUUCGAACAACAAGAGGAAUUUGUAGCACAUGCCCAUAAUAAUAGGUGUACAUCAAGGACUCGGGAAAGCAUUAGAGUUCCAUCUUGUAGUAGUUCAGAUACCAAUAAUCCCACGUCUUCAAGGCAAUGUUGCUCAGAUGAUGAGGAUGGGACAUUUGCAGCAGAUAAUAUUAUUAAUUUAUGUCACAAGGACUCUCCGCCGAAUUUUACUGAGCAAGUUCCGGUGCAGCCCAGAUGCUGCCCUCUUUGCAAAGAAAAUCUUUCGUGGCUACCAAAAUUAGCCGCCUGUCCCAAGUGUGGCUACAAGCCCAUGCCAACGUUUGAAGAGAGACCCUAUAACGAUAAACUUACAGCCAAUGAUAUAUUAAAAGACUACUUGGAGAAAAAAUCCAGUUGUACUGAACAGCCCAGCUCUCAAAGUCUCUGCAAUGAUGAGAAUGAAAAGCCUCGUUGCCGAUGUACCUGUAUGCCCAACAAAAUAUGUGCCUAUUGUCGCAUUCGUAAGCUAUGUGCAGAUGUCUUUCAGCCUGAACCACAAAAACAAAGCUCCGAUUGUGGAAAAUGUCACGAAAAUGCCUCGGAAACUUUCAAUAUCUGUAGGACAAGCAGUAAAGAUUGUCGUCCUCAUCUGACACGAGUAUUUUCCGAACUCAAAGAACUCUACGAUAUUCGAACACCAAAAAAGAAGACUUUUGAACCAGAUCCUCGUUGUGAGAAGGCAUUGAAUAGAAAAAAAGUUGCUCAUACAUCGUCUCAAAAGGCAGUGGAGAAACCGAAUAAGGAAAAGUCGUUUCAUACAAGGCAGAGUAAGAAACAAGGCGAAGAAACGGAGGCAAAACAGUUUUUGGCUAAGUAUUCUAAAACCCCCAAAAAAGCUUGCAAAAACAAAAAAUUCUACAACUACAAUGUUCCUCGUAAAUACCCUGGCAACCAGGUGGGUCAUAAGACAUGUAUAAAUGGUUAUGCCGGUCGCAAGAAUGUUCCUCACAACAUGGGUUGGCUAUGGAGUGCUGAAGCCACUGGUGUAAGAGCUGGUUGGAAACCUGGAGCCAUACGAAAACCCAUUAAAGAGUUGAUGAAAUAUUUUCUCAAAGAUUUUCCUGCUGACACCCUAAGGGUAUCAAAAUAUGCUUAUGGACGACGCGGCGGAAACUGUACAGAUAUACCCGAAGAGGAGCUGGUUCAAAAACCCACUUUACACAUCUGCAAGAAAAAUGGAGAAUAUUUGAUAACCCUAAGACCACUCAAAGAUGCUGAAGCUUUAAGGGAUUGUGCCGAUCCCUAUUUAAAUAUGCAGCCCAUAGAGUUCAGAGUCGUAAAGAGUCCUUUGGCUCAGGAAAUGCGAAAAUUGAAAAAAUGCCUAAAGGAAAUGGGUUUCCAAAAGUGCACUUGUCAUAAGCCGGUUAUCUAUUGCUUUUGCCGCAGCUUUCUGGACAAAAAGCGUCUGGAGUAUCAAUACAACAAGGAAGCACGCAAAAGAAAUUUACCACCUUGUGCUGAGUCACUGGUACUCUCCGACACCACAGAUAGUGAGACAGAAUUUGAUUUUGGUGUAACACCUCCUGCUGGUGUUAUAAAACCGGAGAAUCUAAAGAAACCAAAUUUGGUUAAUACGGGAACACAGUAUUCGGAGAAUGAUUGGAAUGUUCCACCGUUGUAUCCCAAACCACCCAAUAAAUAUAUGAAGCUAUACAAUUGUGCCAUAGGCGAAAGAUAUGGUAAGGUCUUUGGACCUUAUGGGCCGGGAGGUUAUGCGGCAGGUGCUUUACCCUCUGGUGGUAUAUAUGAGGGUUGUGGUCGAGGCGGUGGAAGAGGUGGUGUGGGCAAAAGUGGAGCUGUCGGCGGCCGUGGUGGUAUCGAUGGAAUUGGGCGCAGCGGUGGUGUUGGUGCAAAUGCUGGCUUUGCUCGAGGUAUGGGUGGGAAAAUUGCUGGUGGACGAACUCAUGGCAUGGCUGGUGUAGGACGAGCUAAUAAAGGCAAAAGUGUUGUCGGUGGAGGUACUGUCGACAUGAUGAAAUAUCUCAAUAAAUCAAAGGGACAAAAAUUAUCACCAACCGAAAUGGCACAAAAAAGAAAAAACCGUUUACGUGAAUUAUCCGGUGUGGCUCCCCCUUUAAUUUGCAUGGUAGACAGACGGGCCAAACCCAUAGAUACUUGCGGUAGACCCUGCGCAUCGGUAGCCUGUUGUGGUGAUGCUUGUUUACAUGAUAAUCGUGUCUGUUAAUAUAUAUUCUAUCAUCUAUUAAAUGUAAAAAAAAACAAAAAUUAAAAGAAGGUUCAAAGACUCUUGUGGAUUAUUCUUCACAAAAUAGUGA